CAAAAAUGGCGGCAAAGUACACCAAAAAAGAUGCGGUAUGUACUGAUGUAGGUUUUGUUGAUAUCACAUUGUGACCCGCUUUGUGCUCUUAUAUUUCCUGCACUAAGGUUUAAAGAGACUGCAUGGAUGGCGCUGAAACGAUAAACAAUGAGAGGUUACUUGUGUAUUACAUGUACAUUGUAGCGAAAAGCUUGCGCCUCUUAUUUCUCAGUCACGAAGGAUCAAACAAGAGCCUUUUUCACAUAUUUUAUGUCCUGUCUACAUGGUCCCCCAAUAUAAAUAUUUCAAGAUGUUUAUAAUUAUGCAAGUUAUAGAAAUUAGCAGCCAAUCUAUUUCACAGUUCAAAUAAUAUAACCUUAGUGUGUUAUGUAACUUAACUUCAAUCUCUAGUUGCGAAGGAUCAAAGAUGAUGAGCAUUCCCAAAUAUUUUAUUUCCUGACCACAUCGUCCCCUGAUAUCAAUAUAACAAGACGUUUGUACAUGCAAGCUUUGGAAAUCAGCACUCAAUCUCUUCAAAGCCUAGUGCGAGACCCGUUGUGAAAGAGAACUUGUUAAGGAAAAUAUCUAGGUUAAAGAAAUUUCAACAGAGAUUCCUAUUUAAUAAUACGGUUAUAAAAUGUUUGAUUUAUUGAUAUUCAGAGAUAGACUGCAGAGCUUGUAGUUAGAUUCUACCCAGAACUUGCUAGGAUUAUAGAGAGUGAUCUUUACUCACAAUGACUUGUUUUCUAAAUUUUGCAAUUAAACCCUUUCAAUGAGGUUAACAUUAGGCCAUCCUCUUUCUUUUCCUCUGUUUAGCAUCGUCCGACCGACCCAAAUUUUUGGCAUAUUCCAAAAAAAAAAAGUAAAGACGUAGUCAAACCAUUUUUCACUUGAAAUAAUUCUUUUAUUCUGAAAAAUGAACAUAGUAACAGCGUAUAUAGAGAAAAACAGGAACAAAAACAGGGACAUUUUUUACAGUAUAUUGUGCAUUUUGUCAAUCCAAAUAUGUGAAUGUUAACUUUUAACGUCAUCCUGGGGUACCAGGGCCUCCUAUUCUGAGACUUCUUGUGAAUUUUUUUUUUGUUUUUUUUUUUUUUCAAUCUGACCGACCGACCCAAUAUCAGGAAACGCAUUUGAUGCUAAACGAAAAUAAAAAAAGGGGGAUGGCCUUAGCAAGAAUACUAGUUAUUGUGUCAGUUUAAAAAGUGGUUGGACAACAUGAACAUUGCUGGUUAUUAUUAUUGUUGAGUUAGAUAUUAUUAAAAAAAUUUGGAGAUGAUGUUGAGCCAAUGUACGAACAGGCUUAACAUUUCCCAUGCUAACAAUAGACCUUGUCACGGUUUUGUAAGCCUCUUGUCGGGUGUAAGGCAAUCAUGUGAGGAACAGCAGUGUUUGUAUGAGAAUCUAGUGUUGCAUAUGAAUAAAUUUGUAACCUAAGGCUGCACAGCAAGGGAGUCUACUAACAAAUUUUGGGGCUGUACCUGUGCUUAAAUUUCUCCAGACACUUGCUUUAGAUUUUCCAUAUAUUUGUCUGCAAUUUAUCCUGGGAAAUUUUGGUCAGCAAGAAGAAACAUUUUUAAAGACAAGUGUAUAGAAAAUGUUAACAAGUGUUUCUAGCACAUGUAAUGCCCUCAAAUUUUUUCAGUAGAAUCCUUAGUGAUGCUUUAGUUGAGAAUUCAUAUUUUGUUUUCAGAAAAGCCAUUUUAUGUAAUUCAACAUUCAGAUUCUCAUACAAACACUGUUAUUUCUCACACGGUUGCCUACCCAUCAAGAUGGCUUCCAAAACUGUGACGAGGUCUAUUUUACCAACCUAAAACUGAGUUAAUUCCAAUGAUACCUAUACUAUGAAACCGUUAUUAAGCAGAACCCACAGGAAUAAUGCAACUUUUAUUAGAGUUAGAGCAGGACAAAAUCGUACCCUUCCCUCUACACAAUAUGGCUUUAGCCACUCCCAGCCCCACCCCAACUCUGCUAUGUGCCCACAUCUGCUGGCCCAGCCUUUGUUGUCCAAACUGUAGUCUGCCUCCUUCUUUCGAACGAAAAUCCACCCACCAUUGCCAUUUCCUUCGCUAUUCUUGAGCAGUAUAGAGUCAUUCACAGCCAAGCUGAGCGAGCACGUUACAUAGUAAUUUGCAUUAACCCCGCCUUCACUAAAAUGAUUGAUGGAACAGAAAAACCAAAAAUCCCUUCAAAGUUUGCAAAAUACAUAGUGCGAUACAACGAAUUUUGCUGUAAGUAUAUGUUAUGGUCCAAUGGGUAUCUACUUUACCGCAGGGAUAUUUUUUUCCUGCAAAGGGCAAUGACAAAAUCCUAAUUGGUUGGCUACAAUGAUGGUGUAAUGAAGCACCCUAAUCCAACUUGUGUCACAUUAAUAUUCCAGUUUUAGAUAGUUCUCAAUGCAUUAACCUCUUACAGAUCUCAACUGUACUCAUUUUUAGUCUGACAGACAACAGCCAUUUGUCACAGUCUUAAGAGCUGAUGUGGACCAACUGAUAACUGAAAUUAUGCAAGUAAAGGAAUUUCUUCCUAAGGUAUGAUGUCUCUCUAUAAUAGCUCUGCCACCUAGACAAAUGAUAAUUGGUGCAGUGUUACAAAAAAAAACCCUUAGUUUCUGAUCAUUCCCCAUACCCUCUCCUUAUCUGUACAAAAACAUAAUUCAACAUAUUUUGUCCAGGCAGGUGCCUAGGUUCGCUUCAUGGUAGCUAAGUCAACUGCAGUUAAGUUUUUCUAAGACAACAGUUUCAAAAUGCUUGCAAAAGACUGAAAUCUGCAACAUUGGAUCUAGGCUAGAGGGGAAUAAUUGGCUCUUAAUAUCACUCACCCUUUCCCUGGCUCUAGCUCCCGAUCUUGAAUGUAAUCUCGGACUCUUGCAAUUUGCCGAAUUAUGUAUACUGGUAUGGUAUUUCUCCAUCAUUCCCUACGUCUUGUUUGUCAUCACAGGUACUCCUUCUCACUCAAAAUUAAUAUCUCUCUACUAGGUGUUAAAUGCUGACCUUUUCAGCAUAUUUAGCAAGCUAGAUCGGUGUGAACAAGGUAUGGAAAAUACAGCUUAACUGUCUCAAUCCAAGUGUGGAAAGUACAUACUAAUUAUUAACCAAGAAUGAGGUCAAUACAGGGAAAUCUUAGACCUUGGCUUUGAAUUAUUGACCUCAAUACAUCAAGGCCUCAGUCUUAGAUUUCCCUCUAAUGACCAAACGGACAAGGUUGUGCACUUUUCACUGGAAACCUGUUUACAGUCCAGGCUUAUUUUUACUAUUUUUCUAGUUGGUAUUAAGUGCAUCAACCCCUUUCAGUAUACUGUGUAUAAUAUAACAAACUGAAAAAGCUUUUUUUUCUUUGAAAAAAAAUUGUCUAGAACUUGAGAUGUCUGAGGCAGAAAACAAACGAUUAAGAAAGAAACUUGAACAGUUCAGUCUGGAGCAUAAUACAGAGUUAAUGGAAGUGAAGAAGAGAAAUGAUAGUCUGCUAGAGGACUGUGAGAGAUACCGACAGGUAUUUACUAUGGCUGCAUGCGAACAAUUUUUAAAAAAGAUAAAGAGUUUAAGCUAACGUAAUAUUUCUUAUUAUAUACUCUCUUUUGUAUGCGUAUUGUGAUUGGUCAAUUUUGGGUGCAGUAUUAUAUUCUUCCUUAUGCCUUGCUAAAUUUGAGAUCUCCUCACAUCCGAUUAACCUCGGAGAUUCACUGCUUGUAAUCUUGUAAGUGUUACUAACCUCAUUAUGUUGGUCUGUACCGUAAGUUUCUCUUCCUUUUCGUUCAAGCACCAAGAGUGCAGGGUAUUAAACCAACUAUAAAAACAUUGAAAUCGUUUAGUAAGAAGUAUUUAAACCGAUUAACAUGCUGUUUUCCGGUCUGUGAUGUUUUAAAAUGUGCACGUAGAGAAGGCUAUUUUCAGCAACCACAUGCAAAGUUAACAGUGACUAUGGAAGGUUUAUGUUAUAGUGUAUUGAUACAGAAGAUUUAACAGGGCCCUGCAACAUAAAAAGGAAAGUUUGUUUGUAUGAUGUUUUGUCCCAGUACAGUAACUAACUUAACAGAAUAUGAAAAUUGUCACAAAUUGGCUACUCAACUGUUGCUUAUCUAAAUUAAACAUUUUUGGGGUGCAAAUUGUAAUGUGCUCUCCAGGAGUCCUGUUGUAAUUAUUGCGUGGUGUACAAACGUCCUGAUAAACCCAUUUUUACGCCCAGUGGUUUAUAUUCUAUUUCACAGAAGCAUGAUUCAUCAAGUAUUGGUCACUCUAUUGACUGUAUCUCAAUAUUCUCCACAUAAUUAUAUUUAUUCAGUCUACAUCGUGUGGCACAUUGCAAGUCCCACAUAGCUUUUUAACGUUGUGUUUUUGUUUUCUUUCUUCAUAGGAGAAGUAUGAACUCAAGGUAACCAUCAAAAUACUGUUGCCAUAUACAUAUUUUUCCAACUUUCUAAACAACAUUUGUUAAUUAAACAAUUGCUUAUAAAGCCAAAGCAAGUAGUUUUGGUUGUAGUAUGCAAAACAUGUCGUCUGGUUUCUGGGAUGUGGGAACUGAUGGUUUGUUUUGUAAGUCACUAGCAGUCCUGUAAGUAACUAAUGUAAUAUAUUGCCUCUGUCUUUAUCUUCCCCCACCCUUCACCCCCUCCCUCUGCCCCUUUUGCAUUAUCAUCACGCCCUUCCCACCCUCUAGUAAUUUGAAACGUUCUUAAGUAUGUAACCCUUAGUAGACACCUGUCUGUUUUCUGUUAACGGAGCUGUGCAUGUCAUGAAAUGUCAUAAUAAUAAUAAUAAUAAUAAUAACAGCAUAUUUUAAAAGGAUGACCAUUUCAGUCAUAAAAACUUCUAUUAACGUGGGUUCUGGCUAAAUUCAGCUACAAAAUUGACAGAAACAUGCAAGAGAAGGCAUGGGUCGACGAAAUUGAAGAGCCGAGGAUUAAAACGGUUUGUAAUGGGGGUUUUGAAAACUAUUGAGCCUAACACUUGAACUUUUUAAAGGUUAUCUUUGUUGUUUUCAAAUUAAAGUAAGGCACGGAAGAUACUUUUUUUCACUAAGCCGUGAUUUUGCCAUUUACAAGGAGUUAUUUCUUCUCGAACGUUAAGGGCGAGUAUUUGGAAGAAACAAGGCAAAAUUAAAUGGACAUGCCGUGAUCGGACAGCCCCUCGUAAUUGCUACCCUGACUCCUAUUUCAUAUGACGUCCCCCACUUGGCUAAAUAUUAGGUCUAUUAACUUUAAUUGUGUUGAUUCUUUAGUGUCAGUUGUCAGAGAUGAAUCAGCAGAUGGGAGACCAGUCUGAAUACUGUUCUUCCAUGGGAGCAGCUGUAUGUACUCUGCUAUGGAGAGUGUCUCGCCAGCAGGACUCUGUAGCGUCACUGCUCGGAGGGGUGGGUAAUUAUUAUUUUUUACUUUUAAAAGAAUGCAACUCAACUUUAUUCUUGGUUUUAGAUUCUUUUCUUGAUAGGUGAAUAACUCAAGGUAGUAUUAUCGCUAAUUAAGUGUAAAAACAACAACGACAACUAAUCGUUGUGAGGCCAUUUGGUCGAAGAGUUUGCCUGACGCAUCAGUUUUUUAGUUGAGAAUCAUUAAUUACAACUUCCCCACAAGCAGUGUUGUAAGUUAUCCCAGAAAUAUCCAAAGGGGAGUGGAUAUGUUUUAUUGAUAUAUGCGGUGUUUUCGACAGUAUUCAGGUACGAUUUAAUUGUGAUUCGUUAAUUGCAAACGUGAGACAACAGACAACAAAGAAAAAUAGCCUAUUAACAGACCCUCUGAUAUUUUCUCUUUCGAGAUCAUACGCGCUUCGAGUGCGCUUUUAUUCUAUUAAACGUCUGUUAACUCUGACAAUUGAUUUUAGCUUUUUAUUUUAUGAUUGUUGACAUAUAUCAACAAUCGCAAUUUAUUACACUUGAAAUAGAUUACAACAAGUAAAAGUAGAACGAAAAGGAGAAAGGAAAUAUUUCACUCUACCAGCAGUUAGUGGAAAAGAAAGAAAAGUGAAAGGAAAAAAAACAACAAAACAAAACAAAGCUAUACAUUUGAAGUGAAAAGUGUUUACCCUACAAGGCGUAAUUAUUCGCUAAGAAAUAUGGAAUCACUAUAUUAAUGGUAAGUAUCUAGUCCGUUUAGUUGUCACAGACUGACUAUUGUUAUUUGCAGAAUAAGUCUGAAGAAUUUCUUCAUAUCACCGCACGCACAGUGGAGAGUUACUUUGAAACGUACAGUGAAGAAGUGAGCAAGGAAACGUCCGACGAAUUCCAGUUUGUGUUAGCACUCACAGGAACUAUAACCAACAUUGCUGCAGCAGCACAAGGCCGAGACUUUUUAAUGUCCAAGGACAGUGGGCGUGGCUUGAUUGACAGCUUUGUUACUGUACUGACGUCAUCAACACUGGGGAAAAAUGUUAAGCUCAGAAAUUUGAUACUUAUGGCUUUGUAUAACAUAAGGUGAGGCGUGCUCAAGUUUCCGUCAACAGGCUGAUUUAGCAACAGAACGGGAAUUCGAACGUUAGUUGACGACGGCGCGCGGAGAUCAAACAACUGGCUUGAUGAUAAAGAAAAUAAGUGCAAAAACCGUGGACGAAAAUCCCGCUGGUUGUCAAUGUUGGCUACUUACAAGAGAUCUACUCAGCUAAAAUUUAAGAACAAAAAACGACAAGUCCGAAGAGUACAACAAACUUAAGCUGAUCAUAACAAAGUGUAAUGUUUUUUUUUAUAAUAAUAUUUUGGCUGGCCGUGCCAGGCUUCUUCAGGUUUACGGCUGUUACAGGUUUACAACUGGCUUGACCGAUGGUAAAGCGGUAAAUUGGGCUCCGAAAGUCGAGUUCAGUCCUUUCCACGCGCUUUCCCGUCGUCGACUGACGUUCCCGUUCUGUGGCUAAAUCAACGUAGCGAAAAAACAUUUUGUUUUUCCUUCUUAAAGCAUUCACUAUUGAGGAUCCCCAACAGAGUCCCUAACUGGUUUUCGGAAUUUGGGAAUGUGGGAAUUUGCCCUGUUUGAAGGGCGGGAUUCGGGAUUUCGAAGCAAAAUGGGGGAGCAAUUCGGGGUUGAAAGUAGGCUGAUUUAGCAACAGAACGGGAACGUCUGUUGACGACUGCACGCCCAAAUCAAACAACUGGACUGACCAAUGGCAGAGCGGCAAAUUGGGUACCGGAAGUUGAGUUUAGUCCUUUCCGCGCGCUUACCUGCUAAAUCAGCCUAUUAAUAUGCACGGCGGGAUGCGGGAUGCCGAAAAUGACCAUCGGGAUAACGGGUUUGAGGGAAAAUUUGUCUCGGGAUGACGGAAUUGAAGAACUCUAUUGGGGACGCUCACUACUGCCAUUUUAAUUUUCUGCAUUUUACUAAUAACAAUUUCCUAUGGUCUUGUAGAAGGGUGCUUACUCAGCCACGAUAACGAUGGCAGCGGAAACGUCACUUUAAAAGUCAAUUCACGCUGUUCGAAACUUCAUGACUAUAUUCCAUUUCAUUCAAAUUGUUACAUUUGGGCGGAUUCUCUCUGAGUUGAAUUCUUAAAACAACCGUGUCCAAAAAAAGGGAAAACGGAAAAACAAAAAAGGAAAACACAAUCCUUCGUCUUGUGCAUAUAAAAAGUAAAGUGAGACAAUUUCACGCAGUAGUCGCGGCAGCAACGGCAGUGAAAUGUACCAAAAAGCGUGAAAACACGGCAGCUGCUGUUUUGCUCGAUUAAGCAAUUUGUUUUUUUUUUCUGACGUUCUUAUUGCCGUCGCCGUCGUUGUUGGGUGAUUUAAACUCCCUACAAUGUUUGCAAGGGUUAGAACAUCAGAAAUUGAAUAGGUGCACUACAGUAAUCCUGUACCCAGAUCUCCUGUCGGCUUCAUCGAUAAGGUAUUAGGUCGAUAUUAAGUGUGCGGAAUGUUAGGCUACAAAAAGCGUGCAUAACACUUGUUUUCAUGUUGAAACUGUCCCUAAGAAGGUAUAAAACAGCUUUUCAAAAACAUUUUCCCCUCCCUUCCCAUUUUUACUUUAUAGCAAAACAACGAAAUUACCUUUUUAGCUAGGCAUCAUUGCAUUGUACGGGUGUUCUUCAAGUGCUGUCAGAUUUGGUCCUACAAAGUAUUCAGUUAAGUAUUUAAAAUGCUGAAUUGGAACUAUUUUUAGCAUCAAUUUCUCUGGACUUCAGUACAUCAUCAAGAAGCAAGAGCUACUAGGACAUCUCCUGCACGUAAUACGAGGUACUAUUACCCAUUACACGUACAGAGAAGCUUUGUAGAAUUUACCAAGCUAAUUUGAGCCGCUCAUCUGCGGCAUGCUUCCCCUGGGAAAUACGGUGACAGGGUUUUUCGAAAACAGGAUUGGACAUAAGAAAAGAUGCCACCAUAUAAUAACUGGCUAGAUAAAUUCUGCUACAGAUUCUGAAAAUGAACAUACGCAUGCUACGAUUUGUUUUACUGACUUGAAUUCAUUGUCUGAUACAUGUGAUUUGAAAUUGAAUAGGGCCUUCAUAACUUGCUCAUCUUUGUGGAUGAUUAAUGAUUGUUUUGAUGCGGAUGAUGAUGACGAAAUGAUGAUUAUAAUUAUUAUUAUUUCUUGUAGUGGAGAAUGACUCAGAGCUAAGGCUAAAUGCAGCGAGGUAAGCGAAAAAUAACUUAUAAAGUUGUAUUUUAGUUUAAUCAUUAAAUAACCUGUGAAUACGUAGAGGACAAUCAAUGCUGUUAUCUCCUCAGACUGCUUCAGUCUAUUGUUAUGGAGCCAAACAGUUUGUCAAGCGAGGCCAUUGAAUCGGUGAGUUUAUCUUUUAAGGUACGGUAAAAUAGGAAACAAAAAAACGCGCAGCUUGUUUUGCAACAUUGCUGCAAAACGAGUUGAAUAAGCGAUGUUGCCUUUUUUACCACCGGCCGCCUUCAAACGGCUGUCCUGCAACAAUUCAGGUUUUUGCCGGUUGCGAACAUUUUUUGCAGAAAGUAGAAAGUAGUUGUACUUUUUGCAACAAAAUCUGUGCAUGUUGCGCGUCUACCGGUCCAAGGCAAACUUGUUUUGCUGCAAGUGACGUAACUCCCUUGUAUAGUGUGACUCCUGCGUAAUCUUAUCCAAUCAGAAGUCAGUAUUCAGCAGGCAACUUGCGACAACCUGAUUUGUUGCAAGACAGGUUUGAACUUGGGUGGUCAAACGCGUAACAUCGCCAUUCAACUCGUUUCGCAGUAGCCUCCCACGCAGGCCUGCCUGGGAGGCUAUAGUUUCGCAGCAGCUGCAAACCAAUUUGCAUGUUUUUGUUAUCCGUUUUACUGUAGCUUUAGUACAUAAACAAAUAUGCGCAAAUGCUCACCUUACGGAAAAUCUGUCCGUCGCGGUUGAGAGAUCUUCAGAUUAAGGUUCACCUGCAGUGAAAUUGCGAAGGGCGACUUGGUGUACAGUUACUUUCCAAGCGAACCUUGUGAACAGUAGCUUUACAAUGUAAGGAUUUUCUAGUGUUUAUAUCGUAGCAGUAACAUUCUAAUAGACCGCGGUAUUUGUAUUGUGUAAGCAGCUUUAAACCCUCUUCUCAACCUGUAAGCAGCCUCCCUUUUUUCAAAUAAUUCAUUAUCACUGGAACGAUUACGAAAUAUGCCUCUAGAAUUUCAGUGGUAUACUACUUCAACUUGUGAAAGAAUUUUUCUUACUACUGUGACUUCUUUGGAACGUGAUUCGGCGACUAUGCUUUCACUUCACGUAACUGUAUCCCCCCGGCCUUUAAUUUACCAGCAGCUAACCAUUUUCGCUUGAUACUCGGACUUACUUUGAUUAAUUUCCCUGUGUUACCCUGUUAGAUAUCACUGCCAGUUAUUCAAAAUCUCGUUCGAGCCACCAAAGGAGAGGUAAGCCACGCAUUACAUGUAAUUCCUAUCUGAUGAAAUGUUAACUACAAUCAGUAGCGGUUUUGGGACACUUUUGCGUUUCUGGGGCGUUUUCCAAUUCACACAGGUCCAACCCGUCCCCUCACCCCACAAACAAUGUUGGACCAGCGUGUAUCCAGAAUCUUUUUCUGAGUUUCAACUUUGUAUAGAGUGGGGGGAGGGAGAACUAAAAGAAAAUCUCAAACAGGAUGCACUGUUUUAAGAGGGAACCGGGAAAUGACAGAAAAAUAUGAAUAUUGCAGUAUUGUCCCAAGGACUUUUGUCCAGGAUUAUAGUUACUAACUAGGACAGGGGUUACCUGAUCUUUCCCCAUUUCAAAAGGUAAAGUGAUUGGUCAUCGCCAUUGAUUCUGAAGUUUAUUUUAGUUUAUUUUUUCCUUUUCUCUUACAGUUACGAGAAACACUCACUGAGGUGCUCUCGGACUUGCAGUCCUACUGUACGUGACUCAGCAGACUGCGUUACCCUUGGCAUUUUCUCGGCGUUGUCACGCUGUCAGUGUGUACUGUCAAGACUGUUCAUAGUUGUUGAGUUAACGGUUUCUAUUUACUAUUUAUGGUGUUUUCUUGUACAUGGAUAAUGUAAUAUCUACACCAAAGGUUAUUUAAUGCAUUUUUAACGUCUUUUUCUCAUAUAUUUGUUGUCCACGGCAAACUUUGCACAACUGGAAGGAAGUACAAGUUUAGUGAUAAUUUUAUCUGUCAGUGCUUCCAUUUCUUUUUGUUAUCUU